GGAUUUGCGGAGUACAUUGCACAGGAAGAGAUGGAAGGGAAGACGGGAUAUUGGUGGUCUCCAGAUAGCGAGAACCUUGCUUUUACUGAGGUAGAUUCAUCUGAGGUCCCACUAUAUAAAGUUAUGCAUCAGGGCAAAAAUUAUGUUGGUCCAAAUGCUCAAGAGGACCGUCCAUACCCCUUUGCUGGAGAAGCUAAUGCUAAAGUCCGUCUUGGGGUUGUUUGUACCUAUGCAGGAGGAGAAAUAAGUUGGAUGGAUGUCAUUUGUGGUGAGCAGAAUAACUCCAAUGGCGGCGAGGAGGAAUAUCUUGCUAGAGUCAACUGGAAGCAUAAUAAUGCUCUUGCAUACAAACUUAAGCUGCUUAAGUUUGAUAUUGCUACAAGGAAAAGGGAAGUGUUACUGGAAGAAAAGCAUAAUGUGUGGGUUACAAUAAAUGAUUGUUUCACUCCUCUAGAUAAAGGAGCGAAUGACAAAUAUCCAGAUUGUUUCAUUUGGGCCAGUGAGAAGACAGGAUUUCGACUUUUGUAUCUUCAUGAUAAUGAUGGAACUUGCCUUGGACCUCUCACACAAGGCGAUUGGAUGAUUGACCAGGUAGUUGAUAUCAACGAGUGCACUGAACUGAUCUAUUUCACCGAAUUUGAAACACGCAGCUUGCUGCAUUUCGAUUUUGCAAUGAGGUCACAUUAUCUGGACAAUCGAGGAACUGCAAAGCGAGGAUUGCGAUUUGAGGGACACCUGAAGUAUAAUAUCGAUGGUGUGGAUGCUGAACAUCAAUUAACAGGUGCAGAAUGGCUAAUAAUAUGCCUUGCCGUACCAGGGCAUAUAGGCCUGUACGGCUGGAGCUAUGGUGGAUUUCUGUCCGCAAUGUGCCUUGCAAGGUUUCCUGACAUAUUCUGUUGCGCUGUGGCUGGUGCUCCAGAGACGGACCGGAAUGUGUAUGAUACAUUCUACACUGAGAAAUACAUGGGCAUUGCCCUCAGAGAAUAUGGAUGCAUACGAAUUCGGUCGAUUAUGCAUCAUGUGAACAAUCUCAAGGGGAAGUUGCUCCACGUUCACGGCAUGAUCGAUGAGAACGUUCAUUUUAGGCACACAGCGAGGCUCAUCAACUCGCUGAUCGCAGCAAGAAAGCCCUACGACAUACUCAUUUUUCCAGAUGAAAGGCAUCUGCCGCGAGGGCUAUGUGACCGUCUUUAUAUGGAGGAGAGGAUUCGGGAAUUUUUUGAUAGGAACCUGUAA